CACCCGCGGGUUAUAAAGGCAGCGUGGAGCCCACGGCCCGCCGCUGCACAGCGUGACGAAGGUUAGCCGACACAAUGGGAAAGAUCAUCUUCUACGAGGACAAGAACUUCCUGGGUCGCUCGUAUGAGUGCAGCAGCGAAUGCUCCGACCUGCAUUCCCACUUCAGCCGCUGCAACUCCAUCAGAGUGGACAGCGGUGACUGGAUGGUCUAUGAGCGACCCAGCUACAUGGGCUACCAGUACUACCUGAGGAAGGGAGACUUUCCAGACUACCAGCGCUGGAUGGGAUUCAACGACUGUGUCCGAUCCUGCCGUAUGAUCCCUACGCACCAAAGCCCUCACAGAAUGAUGAUCUACGAGCGCCCGGAGUUCGGAGGCCGGACGAUGGAGCUGACGGACGACUGCCCCUCCCUGAGCGAGCGCUUCCAUUUCAGCGACAUCUGCUCCUGCAACGUGAUGGACGGCAACUGGAUCUUCUACGAGCAUCCCAACUACAGGGGACGCCAGUACCUGGUGCGCUCCGGUGAAUACAGGAGGUUCAAUGAGUGGGGCAGCACGAGUUCUCGGGUGGGAUCCAUCCGACGCGUCGCUGUGUGAGGAAGGCGGAUGUCCAGACACUGUCUAUCUGAAGUACUGUCAAUAAAUCUAUCCAAUUACUUCAGUUCUGUCAAA